AUGAACGAUGUUUCCCGUCUCUAUCAGAAAUCUUCAAUAUGUGAUGAUGGUGCCGGUAGAAAUCUCAAACGCGUUUCAUGCUUUGAAGUGAAUCUCCUUCCUGCUUGGGUAGGAAGGGAAACGCACGGCAACAAAUUCCUUUCCCCUUUCUUCUCCGAAUAA